AAAUUCCCACGACAUUUCCAUUUCCACUUUCUGCUUUUACAGCAAGUUGGAGACGGAAAUUAGAAGAAACCAAAGCCAAGCCCAGCAAGAGCAAAGCUUCACACAAAGCAAAAACCAUGGUGACGUACGUGAGCGCGCUGCUGUACGGAGUUGGAGGUCUGGUUGUGGCGGGCAUGGCAUUGCUUGUGGCCCUCCAGGAGAAGCUCGUCUACGUGCCCGUCUUGCCGGGUCUCACCAAGUCCUACCCGAUAACCCCGGCCCGGCUCCGGCUCACCUACGAGGACGUCUGGCUCCUAUCCUCCGACGGCGUUCGGCUCCACGCUUGGUUCAUCAAGCUCUUACCCAACUGCCGAGGUCCAACCCUUUUGUUUUUCCAAGAAAAUGCUGGAAAUAUUGCGCAUCGCCUUGAAAUGGUCCGCAUAAUGAUACAAAGGUUGCAAUGCAACGUGUUUAUGCUUUCAUAUCGAGGUUAUGGAGCAAGUGAAGGAUAUCCUUCUCAGCAUGGGAUUACAAAAGAUGCUCAAGUUGCAUUGGAUCAUCUUUAUCAGAGGACUGACAUUGACACAUCUAGAAUAGUAGUCUUUGGAAGGUCACUUGGGGGCGCAGUUGGAACUGUGGUUACUAAAAAUAACCCUGAUAAGGUUGCUGCACUGAUAGUAGAAAACACUUUCACAUCUAUUUUGGACAUGGCUGGAGUUUUACUGCCUUUCUUGAAGUGGUUUAUCGGAGGCAGUAGUUCAAAAGGUCCUAAAGUACUUAAUUUCCUUGUACGUUCUCCUUGGAGUACAAUUGAUGUCAUUGGCGAGGUUAAGCAGCCAAUCCUCUUUCUCUCUGGCUUGCAAGAUGAGAUGAUUCCCCCGUCCCAUAUGCAAAUGCUGUAUGCCAAAGCAGCUGCUCAUAAUAGGCAAUGUGUUUUUGCGGAAUUUCCUACUGGCAUGCAUAUGGAUACUUGGCUUGCUGGUGGUGAUCAUUAUUGGAGAACGAUCCAGGAGUUUCUUCAACAACAUGUUCAAGAGAAAAAAGAUGAUGAAUCAUCUAACAAUGAUAUUGAUGUGGGGGCAAAGUGAUUGGAUGGAUUUUAGACUUCUUCAAGCAUUCUGAUUGGCUCCCCCUCAGGACUCAACACAAUUUGUACCUUUUUUUUGAAGCUGCAGCAAUUGAAAGCUCUCUGUGAGGAGUGUCUCUGCCAAGGCCGGCUGCACCCGUUGAGGUUUUUCCCAUUGAAGAUUUUUUGGUGGUUUUUACGAACUUCAGACGAUGCAGACAAAAAUGUGAAUGCCUUGGAUAGACUAUAUGACUUCUGACAUACACGCGUUAUGCCUAAUAUUGUUCUGACUGACCCCAUUGUAUGAAAUAAGAAGUCACUGAAGAUGCAAUUAUAUAUAUAUGUUGAGUUGGUGCUCCUGGAUUGUUUGUAUUGUAUCGCUCAACUAUGGCGCUUUAGGACCAAUCUUGCUUGCAAAA